AUGGAUGCGCUGCUCACUAAAGGCGACCUCGGUUGCUUCGUGAACGUCUUCUUCAACAUAUCUGGCACCGUGAUGGGUAUAGUCGCGUCAUUUCAGUUAGUCAUGCCGAAGGGGAAUACUGCACUUGUGAACAAGAUCAUAUUCCAGAGGCUUACGCCAGUUCGCCGACCCGCAGAAGAUGGCAUGGGCGGCCUAGAGGCGAUGGCCGGCGGAUAUGAGAAGAUCUUGGCUGGCAUGACGGUGACAAUGCUGGCUGGAAACUUUUAUUAUGCCUGGAUGGCGAAGCGUCUUAUGAAAUCCACUGGUCGCCAGGAUGUCACGGCAUUGCCGUACGGCAUCAACACGCCAGCCGCUUUUGCCUUCAUCUUCAAUGUAAUAGGCGUAAGUGUCAGGAACAUGCUGGAGCAGGGCGAGAAGAGCGAAGACGACAUACAAUUGGCGCUGCCGGCGCCUGGACGGCCUCCUCAGGGGCAGCGCUAG